UAGUGUCUUUUGGUAGUAUGAGAAAUAAAGCAUAACCAUGUUUCUGUUUGGAAUUUUGGUUUGAGUACGUCGGCAUUGUUUAUUGCUCUAUCUUACUGUGUAUGAGGUUGUCAUCGUGUAAAACAGUCACUAUCUGCGAAAUCAGAAAAAUAUUUUGAGGUUAUGUUUAUCUAUCGGUAACUUGUUCAACGAUUUAUCCGGUAGACUAUUGUUUUUAAUGAUGGAGGAGACUGUGGGAAACAGUAGAGAAAUUAAUGCCAAACUUAUUGAUCCAGUGUCAGUGCUCAAGGAAAUUACAAAGCUUGUUAGUGGAAUAAAAAAGAAUGAUUCAAAACAGAGGUUUAAUGAGACCCCUGAAAUGAAACAGUUGCGUGUCUUGAUCUGCGAUAAGAUACCUGUUCGCUCUGUUACCGCUUGCCAAGGGCUUCUCUCACUUGUUGAAGACAACAUUUUACCUCCUAUACAUGCUAUUUCAUUGCUGGUGUCUGCAUUUUCUAAUAUCCAGAAUUAUUCAGGUGUGACUGCUGCACUAGGUGUGUUGCUGCGAUGGGACAUGAAUGUUCGACCCAAGCCAUAUGAGUGCCCAUUUUCCUUGUACCCAGUUCAACACCCCCUUAUUACUCUCCUGAAACAGAAAAAAGACACCUGGGCCGAUGUUUAUCGACUUGUUCAAAAUUUCUUCUUCCACUCUGAAAAAUGCAUCAAGAAGGAAAAUAUAUCAUUAUUGCAACCCCUAUUGCUGUAUGUACUUUGCGAUCCACAAACAACUCCUCAUUUGCCUCCAGAGAGCCGUCAAAAAACCUGGGCAUUGAUGCUUCAUUUUUUGGAUGAUUUAUCUGUUAGGCAACUAGUUUUCCAGAGCAUUCCAUGGUUCCAGAUUUCAGAUGAAUCUCGCUGUGUGGAGACAGGAAUGCUGCUUCUGGACCUUUGUGAGUCUUCACUUAGAAUUCGCGAUGGGCAAUUGUGUGUUGCUCUGGCUCCUCUAGCAGCAGCAUCGAUCCGCAACCUGGUAACUCGAGGAGCAGACCCGGAACCCUGCCUUGCUACAGUGUUCCAACUCCUUUGCAUCUCCCCCAAUGCAGCUAGUUGUGUAAUGCUGUUGCUUGCAGAUACUAUAACUGUUUGUCCUGCAUCAUUCCUUGCUCCAAUCUUGAAGUCUUGCAAGGAAAUAUUUGACCUCCAUGCUUGCAGUGAAGUCUCAAUGUACGCUGUAGUCAGUGCUUUACUCCCCUGGCUCGCCUCUCCUUCCGUUCUCACUAGAGAGGCUCUUCAAUUAGGUACAAAGCUUUUACUCGAAAUACGGGAAGCUCCCUCAAGUUACUGGAGCAACACAACCAGUCGUUUGUGUGCCAAUCCUUGGUUUCGCCUUUUGAGACAUUCUUUUGAAAAUGUACAUGAAGCUGCAGAGCUAUGCAGAGUCAGUGAGUCAUGGCGCAGUGAGGCAGAAGUAAAAGAAUGGCUAACUUUUGUGAAGACUUCGUCGCCAUUAUUUAUAGCGAGAUUUUCCUCUUAUUUCUGUGCCCUGCUGAUUUCUGGUGCUUCAGAUGAAGUAGAGGAAGAAGGCAAUGAAAUUAUUUGGGCCCCCUUGUCUGUGUUGGUGUGGCUGGUCAAAGAUGAGCCAGAAGUAAGUGGAAGAGUAACACUGGCUCUUCUCUACCAACUUGCUCAAGAAAAGAGACCUCUUCAUCAGGUUGCUUUACUCAGAGCAAUAGCAGCUAUGGGAAAACAUGAGGAGAACAUGGUGCUUGUUUUAGGAGUGUUGAAAUCAUUAUCUAUGGGGGGAUUUUAUUCUUCUACCCUUGCAUUGGACCUUUAUCUUCGUGUUUGGAAAGCGCAACCAAGAGCAUAUCGCUUUUUACAUGAACUCCUCACAACUCCGUUCAAAGGAGAUAAUCCAGAUCUAAUUUGGGAGCUGAACAUUGCAAAAGCAGCAGCAAUUAGAGAGAUAUGCUACACCAACCCUGAUGCUCAUGGUUCUGAAUUGGUGCCUGUCCUGUCCCAAGUGCUCUCUCAAAAUACAACCGCAGAAGGAAGUAUUGCAUCCGCCUUGGCUGUGCAAGGCAUUACCAGCCUGUGCCGGUCGGGUGUCAUGGACGUAGUGAGUACAUGGCGAGGCCUCUCUCCAAAACUGCUUCGGGACAAGAGACCAGACGUUAUUGUUAGCCUAUGUGAGCUUUUGAGUGUUGUGUCAUGCUUGUCAACCACAACAGGCAAAUAUGAGGAAUUUAUAGCAGAAGUAAUAGUGACUUUGUGGGGUUGGAUUCAGCAUUCCAAUUCUGAGGUUGCCUGCGCUGCUUUGAGAGCACUUUCUGAAUUUCACCUGAACCAACUGACUCUGAAAACUGUACCGGCUGCUUUCCGGACCAACUUGAAGCUUCCGCCAUCAUUUUGUAAAACACCAAUUGAUGCUGCUCGUGAUCCAGUUGAUGUUUUGCCGUACAUACCUGGAGACUGUUGGAAGCAAGUAUUACAAGGUCUUGGCAAAUUAGAAGAUAGAAAAGAUGCAGUUUGCAACAUGUUGGCCUGUUUCAUGCGACAUGAGAUUAAACUAUUUCACAGAGGCUUGUACAAUCAACUGCCGUCCAAGCCAGAACCCACAUCUUACGAGCACUUACAUGAUAGCAGUAUUUUGAAAACAAUGUUUGGCAUUUGCUAUCAGACCAGUAAGCAUGAACCCAUGCUGGUUGCUCUUGCACUUUCAAUCCUAUCUAAUGUAUUUCCCAGACCGCUUCCACCUGUCAGCUGGAACUUUUUAGAGGAAAAGCUGAAGCUUGGUGGCACAGUCAGAGGGCACUGUCUAAAGAUAUUGGCCAUGCAGUGCCAAGCUUCACAAUCUGCCAACCGAAUUCUGCUUGUUGUAUUAUCUUCAUUGAACCUUCCAGAUGAUAUUGAGGAUUGCAAGAUUCUCUUUUCCAUGUUAAAUUAUCUAGGGCAGGGUAUACCACCAAAUCAUCUUGGUCCAUUUGUCAACAAGUGUAUUUUGUAUGCCACAGAGACUUUUAAAAAUGAAGAACCCAGUGAAGAAUCUCUGCUGAAAAGUUUUCUGGGUCACCUAAAAUUGGCUCUCCAAUCUCAGGAUGUGCAUAAAGCCAAUACAACUGCUCUCGCUAAUAUAACUGAGAGCCUGGUGAACCAUUUAGAUAUGUCUCAUCAAAUAUUUGACUCAUUCAUAGAAUGUGCACUGGUGCUGCCUGCAAAGAAUGUGGAACGCAUUAUCUCACCUACUCUGUGGUGGGAAACAUCACCAGAUAAAAUCGAAAGUGCUGUGCGAGUGAGCUCUGCUAUUGCCAUGGCUCAGGAUUCUGACAUGCCCCUGGCUGCUCUCAAUGAAUGUAUUGACGUGUGCACAGCAGCAGAUUCCAAGGCUCAUGAGUGUAUCCUGGAGGCUAUUAUAAAUGUGGUCAGAAUUUGCCGAAGUCAUGAAUCUAACAGCCGUUGGCUGCUGCAGAUGUUAGGCCGCAUCCAAGCUGUCAAAGCAAGCCAAGACAAUGACAGUCAACAAAAGCAGCAGGUUUUGCACUCAUAUUGUGAUCUCUUCAUGGUUACUGUUAUUGCUUUGGCUGGCCACGAUAUACUUACUGGUGAUCCCAAAAUAAUUGCUUCGAGUAGUCAAGAUCGCUUGUUGUUAUUCCCUCAGGCUCUCUCAGCCUUGCUUGAUGCAAAUGAAACAUGGAGAAGUUUAACUACACAGGUAAUUGAAUGGCUCUAUGAUAUGAGCACAGCAUCUGAAGUGCCCAGCCUUCUCUCUCAAACUUUCCGUCUAGCUAUCACUCCUCUCCGCUAUCACCAACAUUUUAAGAAAACCACUGUCUGGAUGCGCAUUCUAUCUUCUCAGCAAGGUUGUACCUUAUGAUUACAGUAGCAGCGUUUCCUGUUUUAAACAGUAAGAGCCAAAUGUCCAUUAAAUUAUCUUAAGAUUUGUACAUGUUAUCAUUGAAAGUUAAAAAUAAAAAUAAAAAACACUU